AUGUUUGCAAGACUGUUUAAGAAAGACAAAAAAGAUAAGAAGGAAAAAGAGGAGGAACGUGCCAGUGAGAAGACAGGAGACAAAAAGCACCAAAACAAUGAGAAAACAGUGCCACCACAGGAGAAACUAACUAAAGAUGACUUUGAGACCAUAGAUGUAUUGGGAAAAGGUUCCUUUGCACAGGUAGUCCUUGUCCGCCGUGUUGGCACUAAAGAUUACUACGCAAUGAAGGUAGUCAACAAACAAGGUCUACUUGAGCAUAACCGAUAUCGCGAUGUAUUUAUUGAGCGUAAUGUACUAUCGCGCAUUAAUCAUCCUUACUUACUUAAGCUCUAUUGGACCUUUCAGUCUGAACACAAACUCUUUUUUGUGAUGGAAUAUAUGCCAGGUGGGGAUUUAGAUAAGUAUAUGAAUUCUAUCCCCUCUAAACAGCUUGAUCUUUUCACGGCGAAGCUUUACGGUGCAGAGAUUCUUUCUGCCAUUCUUUGUUUACAUGAGCAAAGCGUUAUCUAUCGUGAUUUGAAACCAGAAAAUAUUCUCUUGACAGCGGAGGGACAUUGUGUUUUGGCCGAUUUUGGGCUUUCUAAAGAUUUUUACAAUGAAAAAGAUGGUGCUGAUGGAGUAAACAAAAAUAUGCGAGCGAAUUCUUUUGUUGGUUCUCCUUUCUAUGUGGCGCCUGAUGUACUAAAGCAAAGUGAAUAUACCAACGCUGUGGACUUUUGGUCAUUUGGUAUUCUUCUUUAUCGCAUGCUUUGUGGUCGCACACCAUUCAAUGGAAAGAGCAUGAGAGAAGUGUUUGAUAACAUUCUUUACUCAGAUCUUCGUUUCCCAAGCAGCGUGCAACUUCCUCCUGAGGCAAAGGAUUUGAUAAGUCGUCUUCUCGUGAAGGAUGCCAGUCGUCGGAUUAAGGGCCCUGAAGUGAAGGCACAUCCCUUCUGGACGGGUAUUAACUUCGAUGAGGUAAUGGAGAAAAAAGUAAAACCACCCAAGUGGACGCCAAUUCCACCUGUAGAGCAAAUACUGGCGGAACGGGCAAAUGCCGCCAGUGGUGCUUCUUCUUCAAAGACUCCUGGCAAUGUGGUGAACACACCCGCACAGUCAUCGCAACUGAACGCGCGGCAGCAGCAACUCUUUACUGGGUUCUCUUGCACAGCGGACAAUCAUUUGAAUAACAACUAG